GUACAGUACAGUACAGUUGCGUACAGUGAUGUGAUGAUGUUCGCGACCUGUGGCGAUGUGAAAUUCACGAGCGUCGUAAAGCACGAACAAAAAAUUAACAAGUAAUUAAACUCGUCUUGUUUAUGUGCAUGGUGGUUCUCCACACUUGCCCGUUUUUCGGACAUUAAGUGGCUUGACAAACUGACAUCUCCAUCCAGUCGAAAAUAUUCGAACUCUGAAGGGAUUUCGGUAAACAUUGUGAAAUAAACAUGAGCUCUCAUCAUCACCUGAAAAUUUCCACUGGUGAAGUUGAGCAUAUUAAUCACCUUUCUGAGGACAUUGGAGCACUAUACAUGUCGGACGAUUAUUCUGACGUGACUUUGGUGGUUGCGGGGCACCGCUUCAACGCUCACAAAGUUAUUUUGGCUGCCCGGAGUCAAUACUUUCGAGCUUUGUUGUUCGGUGGUCUGAAAGAAUCAACCCAGCAAGAAAUCGAGCUCAAAGGAACCACUUUGCCGGCCUUCAAGGGCCUGCUCAAAUAUAUUUACACUGGACACAUGUCUCUGGUUAACCAACGAGAAGAGGUAAUUCUUGACAUUCUGGGAUUGGCACAUCAGUAUGGAUUUAUAGAGCUAGAAGUCGCCAUUUCCGACUACCUCAAGGAAAUUCUCAAUAUUAAGAAUGUGUGUCUCAUUUUUGAUGCUGCAAGGCUUUACCAACUGGAAUUCUUAACGAAGGUAUGUCACGAAUACUUGGACAAAAAUGCCCUGGAGGUGAUUCUGCACGAAAGCUUCCGACAACUGAGCCUACCAGCCCUGAUCGAACUUAUUUCUCGCGACUCCUUCUAUGCCCCGGAAGUUGACAUAUUCCUAGCUGUACACGCCUGGGUGAAGGAAAAUCCUGGCAUAGAAGUGAAGGAAUUACUGCGCCAAGUGAGACUCUCGUUAAUAACAAUUACGGAUUUAUUGAAUGUGGUGAGACCAACUGGAUUGGUUUCUCCUGAAGCGAUAUUAGACGCAAUUGCGGCAAGCACUCAAACUAAGGACACCGAAUUAAACUACCGUGGUUGUUUAAUGCUCGAUGAGAACGUUGCGCAAGCAAAGCACGGAGCACAGGUUUUGCAGGGGGAAAUGAGAAGUUUUCUCCUUGAUGGCGACACUCGUAAUUAUGACAUGGAACGAGGGUAUACGAGGCACACCAUAACGGAAGCACAUGAUCAUGGCAUUCUGAUCAAAUUGGGAAACCAAUGUAUUAUAAAUCACAUAAAAAUGUUGUUAUGGGAUCGAGACGGGCGUUCCUACUCUUAUUACGUGGACGUGUCCAUGGACCAAAAAAGUUGGGUCAGGGUAAUUGACCACACACAGUAUUACUGCAGAAGCUGGCAAUACUUGCAUUUUGAACCCAGGGUUGCGCUUUAUAUUCGCAUCGUUGGGACGAAUAAUACGGUCAACAAAGUUUUCCACGUCGUCAGUUUUGAGGCCUUCUACACCAACCACGUGGAUAAAGUUUGCGACGGAUUCGUCGUCCCAACUCAAAAUAUUGCAACAAUGGAUCGCAGUGCCUGCGUCACACAAGGCGUUAGCAGGUCACGAAAUGCUUUGUUGGAUGGUGACAUGUUGAAUUACGAUUGGGACAGCGGAUACACGUGUCAUCAACUCAAUUCUGGUCUUAUUCAGGUUCAACUUGGACAGCCUUACAUGAUUGAGUCUAUGCGAUUACUUUUGUGGGAUUGUGACGAUCGAUCUUACUCGUACUACGUGGAGGUUUCAGGCGAUUCCAGAAAUUGGGAAGUUGUUUGCGACAAAACGAGAGAAGCGUGUCAAUCCUGGCAAACGAUAAGAUUCCAUCCACCGCGUCCGGUCGUCUUUAUUAAUAUCGUCGGGACACGCAACACAGCUAAUGAGGUGUUUCAUUGUGUACAUUUCGAGUGCCCUGCUCAAACCGAAGACGACAAAAGCGUCGUCGUAAAGUCGCCGGUUCGUCGCGGUAAGCAAUUACCAGCUGGAGUGGAAAUUAGUACACCUCCAUUGCCUACAGAAACUGCAACCGAGGCAGUGAAUAUUGAUCAUCACGAGGUGGAUUCAACCGAUGAGACUGCGGUCGCGGCUGUCGUUCCUUAAUUGAUUUUUCGACAUUCAAAAUCAGAAAAAGCAACGUUAAGACUGCUAAGUAAUAACGUUUUUUGUAUACGAUAUUUGCCUUCGUUACGCCAAAAAUUUAACCCGUUAAUUAAUAAUCCUCUAUUUGUGAUCCUGAACACACCGAGAGUUGCAAGGAUAUUUAAUUUAUGAAGCUGCGACUUAAAAGCGACUUGGAGGAAGACGGGUAUCAAAGAUUAGUGCCAUUGUCGUAUUCGUUUCCAGAAUAAUGAGUACAUAAUAUUUCGUUUGUUAAAGUGUUGUCCGUUACUUAAUGUUUUUUUUACUCCAUUUUUUCUGUUAUCUGAUUAUUGUCAAUUGAGAGCAGUCCCUGAUUCGAAUUGCAAAUAAGAGAGUGAGGAAUCAGAGGUAGAGAGAGAGACAAUUUUACACGAAGAAAAA